GCUCCACCUCUACUGCAGACGGCAAACCGGAGUUCUGUGGAAAUUUGUUGUACCAUUCAUUUUUCAAUCAUAUUGAUUGUAUGGGGUGUCGGAUUUGCCGACUAUAAGAAUAUUUGUGGUGUGCGCAAAGCACGCAAAUAAAAAAGAAACACUAUGGACGUGGACUUGAGCCUAGACGAAAUAAUUGAGCGUAAGCGCACAAACAAUCCUCCCCACCGGGCCAAUGAGAAAAAGCUCAAUGCCAUUCACAUGAAGCCACGAAAGCCGCUGAAUAAAGCGGCUGGAGGACAUCAGCGCAACACAUUUGAUGCACGCAAUAAAAUCAUACAGAAAACACGCGCCAAAAUCAUCGAUGCACGCGAUAUUCUCAAUCAAAAUAUACGCGACUCGGGCAUCGAUGCCCGCAGCAUGCUGAUCGAGCGGAAAAAGGAACGCAUGCCGCUGCCUAUGCCACCGAUGCCAAUGCCGCCUCCACAAUCGUCGCGCAUCCAUGCUCGUGUUGGUGGCAACCCUGGCAUUCGCGGACAUGGUCGUGAUCGGGUAAGAGACCUUGAUCACCUGCAGCAUGAUGACGAUGAUGAUGAUGACGAUGCUGCUGCCGUGCACAAAGGUCGCUUUGGUCAACGCAUCAUUACGAUGAGCAACCGGCCCGGUGGCUUGGUGCAAACGCUCUGGAAUCCCAAGGAUGAUCUGGGCGGCUACAAGACGAGCCGCCUCAACGCUGCGGCCAAGCCAUUUGUGCCACGCGGCUAUGUGGAUUAUGACAACAUGCAGCAAUUGGAGGAUGAGGAAAUUGCACGAACACUGCACAUGGGCAGCUACAAUAGCGGCGGAAGCCAAAAGCCGGGCAGUGGAUCACGUCCUCGAAUGGCGACGCAUGGCGGCUACGAUGGCUAUGGCUUGGAAAUGGAUGGCGUUGAGAUUACAUCGCCUGGGAUCAACGAUGAUCCGUUUGCCAUUUACGAGUCAUCGCGCAAUCGCUUGGAGCGUCCAGCGUUGCCACCGCUGCCGCCGCCUCCCAACGUUGUGGGUCAUGUGGGCAAGAGUGGGGAUACACGACAGCGCAGUUUGGUGGCCACAUCCAAUUUACCGGAUUCGUUGCGUGCCCGUCUCUUUGGCAGCGAACCCGAUCCUCGGGUCUCGCAUGGCAUCUAUGCCAACGAGAAUGGCAGCGGACAAUCGAAGUCGCAUGGCGGAAUUGUCGCUCCAGGCCUUGGAUCGUUGCAUUCGCAGCGUCGCAGUCCGCCAUCGAUAUCGAUGCCGUUGCCACUGAGUGUGGUGAACAAUAAGCCCGGCUAUCGUUUGCUUGUCAGCAAUCUGCACGCGAAUGUAACGACAGCGGAUAUACGCGAGCUGUUCAACGACAUUGGGCCGAUGUAUGAUGCGCGUGUUGUGCGUCCGGGCACCGCCGAGGUCAUCUACAAGUCGCUGGAGCAUGCCGAAAUGGCUGUGGAUGCGUAUCAUCAGCGCGAGUUCGAUGGCCAGCCCAUGCACUGUGUGCUCGUCAAUCCGCACUCAUCGAAUCGCAGCAAUCACUCGGUCAACUCUCGCACUGUGACCACAAACUCAUCGGGCGUUGAGGUGGACAUCGAUGCUUUACACUCUGUACUCUUCCGGGAUCGCUGAAGCGCAAUUAACGACAACAUUAAGGCAGCAGAACAUCAUCAUCAUCAUCAUCAUCAAUAUCAACAACGUUCAUUUAAAGCAUCUUGACACUCUACAUUAAUCUACAAUUAAACCGCAGUCAUGCUCAUCAUCAAACCAAUCCACACAAUCACAACAAAAUACAAAAAUAACAUGCUAUUCCUAGAUCCUAAGUGCAUAACAACACAUAUUUUGUAUUGUCGUUGGCCGCCGCCCCCGAAUAUGUUUAACGCCAACUCAGUAAACAAUUUAGCCAAGUUUAAA